GUCCACGCUGGUUGUGACGAGGGGGCUAUCUCCCUCCGUCUUGGCGGUGCAGGUCUGCAGGAAGUCCGUCAAGCCCUCAGCAACUGUCACUCCCGCGGUUAUUUGGCUCUUCUCGGUCGGGUCAUCCGAGGGACCUUCGGUCGAGUCUAUCUGGGGUGCAGGCGGUGGAACACACUCGACAUCAUGUUCUGCCGCCUCCGCCGAACACAAUUUAUUCUCCUCCUCGUUGUCCGCCAUUUUGGCUCGAGAAGACUAGCCACCAGCGUCACAAGCUAAAAAUAAUGUGCAAUAAACGGAGCCGCUCGAUCGAUUAGAAAAAUGAAUUGUAACCAGCAAAAACGUGAUCAAAUAAAUGUUAGCAUUAAUAAUCGAUAAAAUAGACGCAUUUAAUGUUUGAAAACAUCAACUUGUAAAAUUAAAACACGAAAAGAUAACGGACCGCGAAGAUUUUUUUACUAGCCUAGCGUUUUCCUUCGACGGAGUCAAGAGGAAAUGGUUCCCGGACUGGAUCGACAACAAACUGGCCGAGCGGCGGAGAUGUGACAUGGCUUUGGCUUCACUGCGAGGAAUUAGACACUACAUAUACACGUGGCACGCUAUGCUCUAAAUCCCUAAAUAGAUAAGCGUUAUAACUACAUCGCGAACCUAUCUCGGCGAAUGUGCUGUUAUAAUUCCAUUAAUACAUACAGGACAUCCGAGAAUACGACAGGCAGUAUCGGACAAUACGGUCGUCACUCCGUUCCGACUCCACCGCCGGGGAUUGCCAACACCCGAGUUAUCUCAGUGACGUUGUUUCCGUAUCCGGCUAUUUUUUUUUUCUCGACAGGGGGAAAACAAAAUCGUUAUUUUUCCUUACUAUUAAUAUCAAGUCAGUGCUACCUUUAUUUGUUUACAUAACAACAAUUUAUCCAUAAUUUAUAUACAAUAAAUAAAGUAAAAAUAUAAAUGCCAUGAAUGAGUCAUUCGUUAUGUUCUGCCUUCUCAUUGGUCGCCAAUUGGUGGCGCAGUUCAGCAAGGACGUGCGGUUUGUUGACAUCGGAACAGCCUCUGAAACGCUGCAAUGUUUGUCUUUCAAGACACAAUGUUGAAGCUGAGCAAUGUCAUCCGUGUCGUUUUGAAUCCAAAUAUCAUCCACGGUAUCAUCCUAUUAGAAAGACACAUUCUCACAAGCUAUUUAGCUGGCCCAUCCUCGCUUUGAGCCAUGGCAACGCCGACCCCCCCACAGUCCAUCCUGAGGGAGUUCUGCCCUCUGUACUACUUGCUGAACAGCAUCCCAGAAAAGGUCCAGAAGGGUUUCCGCUCCGUGUUGGUGUACCUGACUGCGCUGGACAGCAGCCGGGACUUCAUCGCUGUGGGCAGCAGCAUCGGAGUCCUCUAUCUGUACUCCCGCAGGCUCAGUCACAUGGACAAGCACCACAUCAAGGGAAAAUCUGAAGCUAUUACAGCAGUGAAACUCCUCAGCUGUUUUGACGAUCUUGUUGCCGUGGGAACGGCAUCAGGACGGGUUACGGUGUUCCAGCUCGUCUCUCAACUUCCUGGCCGGAAUAAGCAGCUGCGGCGCUUCGAUGUGCUGGGCCUCCACAAGAGCACCGUGACCUGCCUGGCCUGGAGCACCAACGGGGCCAAGCUCUUCUCCGGGGACGACAAGGGCCGGGUGGUCUUCACCGCCCUGGAGCUCGACAAGGGGGAGUGUAAGCCGGUGAUAUUCCUGGAGGAGGCGUCUGGGAUCGUCCAGCUGGAGUACAGCCACACGGUGCUGUUGGUGUGCAGCCAGCAGAGGGCGCUGUUCUUUUCCACCCAGCAGCAGGUCCUGCAGCAGAUGGGGACCAAGCCAAGGAAGAGUGGGCGGUUCGGGGCCUGCUUCCUGCCCGCUCUGUGUAAGCAGAGCGACCUCCAGGUGCUGGCUGCGCGGCCCGGCUUCAGGCUGUGGAGGGCCGACAUCCAGGGCCUGGCGGAGGACGCGCAGCUCUUCAAAGACCUCUCCAGCACUCCCGUCCCGGAGUUCCAGUUGUUCCCCAGGCCGUCCACGGCCGGCGCCUACCACCCGGCAGAGAGACAGCUGGGUCUGCUGUCCUGUUUCCAUAGAGACGGCUGGCUGCUCAGCUGGAACGAAUACAGCGUCUAUGUCGUCGACUGUCUUAACGAGGUGGUGAUCGGAGCUCUGGAGAGCUGUGGAGACAUCGUGGCCGUGUCCUCGUGCCAGAACGAGGUGUUCAUCCUGAAAGGAGACCGAGACAUCAUCCGGGUCUCCAGCUGCCCUGAGGGACAGACCCCCUCGUCUGAUUCGUCCGCCGGCCUCGCGUCGCCUUUGACCACGCCCACUGUCCUCUCUCCACCAAUCGGUUCGGUGGAAACGGCCCAGCCCAUCAGAACCAUGGCCAUCGUCAUGGAGAAGCAGGACGCGGGCGGCGGAGCGAGGAGCGCCGGGGAGGAGGAGGAGGAGGAGGAGCCGGAGGAGGAGGAGGAGGAGGGGGUCGAGGGUUCCGCGCGCCGCGGCAUCGGCUCCCGACGGGACCUGCAGCUGCUCUUCCUCCUGCCGGUCGGGGAGCACUCCCCCCAGCGUGGCUCCCCCCAGCGCGGCUCCACCCACAGCCGCAGCAGCUCCGUCACCUCCUGGGACAGCGGCUCCACCUCGCUGACCCCCGACCUCUCUGAGCUGGGCUCCAAGCGCUACAGCGCCUCCCUGGACCCGGAGGAGCUGCAGCAGGAGCUGGUGGUGAAGGCCAUCCGCGUGAAGAAGAGGAUGAGGAGGGGACGCAAAGACAGCUGCAGCAGGAGGACCGUCUCAGACGGGGGCUGGUCCGAGCCCAUGGCGGGUGUGCAGGACGGGGCCGGUAGCCACGGUAACCCUCAAACCCAGCAGCCCCUCCUGGAGCACCGGCCCCCCGAGCCUGAGCCCAGCCGAGCCCAGGACCUGCGGACCACGUCGGGCUCAGAGGCCGGCCCCCUCUCCCUCCCUCCCCUCCUGCUGGGGGACCCCCCCGACCCCGCCGUCCCCCCCACCCCGGACGUGGACCUCCUGCUGGAGUGCAGCUUCUCCUACCUGCAGGCGUCCCAGGACCCGCCCCCCGGCCCCGACCUGCUGCCCAAUGGGGAGGACGACGAGGAGUUCCUGAGCCCUCUCAUUGGACCAGAGGAGGAGGAGGAGGAGGAGGACGCGGCGCCCCCCUGUGGCCGGGAGGACCCCCUGUUCCACUCCACCGUGUCCACCCUGGACCCCGAGGCCAGCGACGAGGAGGAGGACAUCUACCGCUGCAGCGGAGCGCCCCCCGGUGGAGAGCCAGGGUACUGCCGCCCCGGGGGGCCCCCGGGGGGGCCGGCCGAGGAGGACCAGCGGUCACCUAAAGGAGACCAGCUGGCAGAGUGCUGGAUGGGGUACCCUGGUCCAGGCUGUGGCAUCCUGAGUCUCCAUGUGACUGACAGGUAUGUGUGGUGUCUGGACUUCAAAGGGGUCCUGUUCUGCAGUCCUCUGCCCGACGGGGGUCUGAAAUGGCAGCGCUUUGAAGACAACAUCCACCAGGUGGCGGUGUCCCCCUCAGGAGGUCUGCUGUGGAAGGUGGAGCAGAAGACCAUGACGGCCUACGCCUGUGGGAAGGUGUCCAUCAAGGGGAAGCGCCACUGGUACAAAGCCCUGGACCUCACCGCCUCCGUCGCCCUCAGCAACAACGCCGCCUGGAUCCUCCGCACCAACGGAGACCUCUACCUGCAGACAGGGCUGAGUGCCGAGCGCCCCUGCGCCCGCUCGGUGAAGGUGGAGACCCCGUGCUCGUUCUCCCAGGUGUGUGCGCGAGGGGGCGUGGUCUGGGCCCUGAGCGAGGAGGGGGCCGUCUUCUACAGGGAGGGGCUGAGCAGCUACUGCUGCGAGGGGGACAGCUGGAGGAACGACAAGAUCAGCGAGGCGCAGGGGGUCCAGCUGAUGUGUGUGUCUCUGGGCCCCAGCGGGGUGGUCUGGGCGCUUGACGCCAGCGGGGCUCUGUGGUUCAGGACCGGGGUCUCCCCCGCCAGCCCCCAGGGGGAGGACCACCACUGGUGGCAGAUCAGCAUCACGGACUACGUGGUGUUCGACCAGGGCAGCCUCUUCCAGACCCUGCUACAGGCCACCCACAGCGUUGCCACGGUGACCAGGACCCCCGUGGAGCGUGUGGCCGAGUGCCUGCGCGUGGCCUUCCUCUCCCAGCAGGCCCAGUGCCAGCCCAGCCUGGUCAGCGCCAACCCCAGUGGGGUCUGGAUCGCCUCGGGGCGCAACCACCUCCACGUCGCCAGGGGCAACCUCGUGGGAACCUUCUGGCAGAACGUUGUUCCCCGAGGAACCGUCUCCUCCACCAGAUGGACCUUCAUCACCACCUCGGUGCUGCCCUACCGCCCCGGUACCUUCCUGUGGGUGGCCCAGAGCAGGAAGGACCUCUUCUGUAUCUGGGAUCAGGACGGGGAGCUCCGGCCUUCCAGCGUAACGCUGCCCCCAGAGGUGGAGCUGAGCCAGCUGUCGGCCUGUGGGGACGCCCUGUGGGGUCUGGACACUCACGGCUACGUCCACAUCAGGACUCUGUCGCCCACCUGUCCUAUUGGCAUGCACUGGGCCCGCCUGGACCUCAGCCAGCUAGGGGGAGCGCGUCUGGUCAGCGUGUCGUGUGGGGGCCAGAACGUCUGGGCCGUGGACACCCAGGGGAUGGUCUACUUCAGGGUCGGGACGCAACCUCUGAACCCCAGCAUGAUGCUACCUGCCUGGAUCUGCAUAGAGCCACCUGUACAGCCGGUGGGGGUGCAGCUGGUCAGCAUCCACAGCAGUCCUAACGACCGCCAGCUGUGGGCGCUGGACAACCGCGGCAGCGUGCACGUGAGGACCGGCCUCAACGAGGAGAUGCCCGUGGGCACGGACUGGGAGCAGGUCCCAGGCCUGGCCGCCAGCCAGCUGGUCCUGAGUGUCAGGACGGUCUGGGUCCGAUGUCCCAACGGAGAGAUCGCCCGUCGCUACGGCAACACGGCCAGGAACCCGGCGGGAGAUUACUGGAAGAGGAUCCCGGGAAUGAGCCACUGGCUGGCUGUCACUCCUGAUGAUGCGUUGUGGGCGGUCACCGUCUCGGGCGGGCUGUCCCACCGCCUCACUAAGCCCCUCCCCCACAACCCCCCCGCCGACCCCGCCCCCCCUGCCGACGACCUUGAGGACGAAUGGGAGGUCAUCUAAAGAGUGAUGUCAUCGCCGUGCUGAUAGGAUGACGCAACGGGACUCUACUUCCUGUGGCAUCUGAUGAUGUCACAGCGUUUUUAUUGGGACUUCCUGUGAACAUUUGAAGGGGGACAAAAAAACAAAAGGGGAGGAUCCACCCCGUGUUUGGACCACUCUGAUUGGCUGAGGUUGAUGACGGGCUCACCCUAUUGGCCCAGGCUCUGCUUGUUUUCUUGUAAAUACUAACGCUAAGAAUGCCACACAUGCACAUUAUAACCCCUUUGGUGUGACCUAGGCCCGUUAGACCUGCACAUGCAUCACUUUCCCUGAGAAACGCUGCGUUCUGUUAUUGAAGUGUACGCAAAUGGUUGUUACUAGGUAGACAUUAACGCGUUAAGUCAUAGAGGUUUAAUCCAUGGUUAAGGUGUAACUCAUAACGAAAACCAUACUGUACCAGACCGGAUCUGCAGGUAGUGGGUGAGGCAUCUUAACCUACCCUUAACCUACCCUUAACCUGGUGCUGUGGCAUUUCAUGUCUGGGAUUAAGUAAGUACAAUUUUAUCCUAACCCUAACACCCAAAAACACUAAAUCGUUAUCCUGUAUCCUCAACCCACCACCCUUACCUUAACCCUUCACCCUUUACCCUGACUCUUAACACUAAAUCUUACACUGAACCCUCAACCCAUAACCCCAACACUCACUCUAAACCUUAACCAUUAAGCCCUUACCCUUAACACUACCUCCUAACCCUAACCCUUAACACUAACCCCUAACCCUAACCCUUAACCUCAAUGCUCUUAACCUUUGAUAUAAGUGGGCCCAGUCGGCCAGUAGGACAAGAUGUCACCUUGUGAAGACUAGCCUUCAGACUAGUAAACAACACUAACUAGAGGAUUAGACUAAGAUCCUCUUCUUCCAUCACUGCUGGUGGACGAUGGCUGAGGUCUUCGUUUACCCAGAGAUGUUUUAAAUGCCUUUGUCAGAGGUGUUGUAUCAGGCCCACCUUGAAGCGGUUUUUAAUGAUGCAUAUAAACCAUCUAAACCCAACAGGAAUCCGGACGUGUUCAUCCAUCACUGCUUUAUUUAUCACGGUAGCGGUCGGACAUGUUCUCUGUCGUUCAUGAGUGGAAGCUUCGGUGACGCAUGACGAGUCAGUCAGUGGAGGGAGCUCUGGGUCUAAUGUGUUCAGCGAUGGUGAACACAUCUGGCUCUGGGUUCAACGUGUGUGGCGCUGGUGAACACAUGCUCCUGUACAUAAUAAAUGUGUGUAACGGUGGUGCUUCAACAGGUUUGUGAAUACACACUCAGAGUAUCCUGUCUAUAUAGUAGCAGUAUGUGGUUUAACUAGUGUUUAACUAGGGCAGCACUAUGGGGUUCAACUAGUGCAGCCCUAUGGGGUUUAACUAGUGUUUAACUAGUGCAGCAGUAUGGGGUUUAACUAGUGUUUAACUAGUGCAGCAGUAUGGGGUUUAACUAGUGCAGUAGUAUGGGGUUUAACUAAUGUUUUAAUAAGUGCAGCAGUAUAGGGUUUAACUAGUGCAGCAGUAUGGGGUUUAACUAGUCUA